AUGGUACAUAAGCUACGUGAUCGUGAUGUAUGCCAAACUUCACCUCGUCCCAGCCAAGUGCAAAGUGCUUUGUUUAGUCCAGAACAAAGAACUGUAGCACAUUCUACGCCUAACCAUAAGCGACAAAUGCAGCCGGAAAGCAACAGCGUUCUGGAAACAAUACCAAGUUCAUUGUUGGAGGCUCACUUUCCCACGAUUACUUUAAAUCAGUGGCAAGAAGAAAUUUCGCUUGAUAACUCUGCUGAUUUAUAUGACUUAAACGUAUCGAAAUAUAAGUUGAAGCUGCAUAAAUUGGUUGACAAGUACAUAUUUUCAAAUACCUUCAAAAAACGGAGCGGAGUCUCAUUGUAUGCAAUUAGAAAGGCACUAAAGGAAGAACAUUCAUGCCAUCCUUUCAGAAUCGGAAAACCUGUAUCCCUUUACAUUGCCUUGGGCAUUGCCACAGGAAAAUUCCGGCAAAUAACCGGUCAUGGAGCGUCUGGCACGUUUCGCUUAAAUCGCACAAUACAUGCAAAAUAUGCGCACCAAUUGAGAAAACUCCAUAAAGUUUCAUCGCAUUCGCAUACUAUACAAAGACGGGCACAAAAACAAGCCAAAGCUAAUACAAUGCCAUAAAUUUUUCCAAAACGAAUUGAGAAUACUUAAAUGAUUUAUUACCAGACGUCUAACAAUAACUUUGCUUUAGUAAAGUAUUUGAUUAAAUUGUCACAAAAUUUACAUUAAUGCAUACACACGUUUUUGAUAACCAACGUUAGAAAAUAAAAAUUAAGUUUGAAUUUA